AUGCAGAUGAUCUUCGCUUCCCUCUUCACCCUCGCUGCUGCUGCUGUCGCCAGUGCUGCCCCCACCACUCGCGCUGCUUCGUGCCCUGAGGCCGCCCGCUUUGGCGCUCUCACCGUCACGCCUACCAACGGCCUCGCUGCUGGCUCUGCCAUCUCCGGAAAGCUUGACCUGACCUGCGCUACGCAGAAGGGCAUCAAGCCGGAGUUCAUCGACUAUUACCUCAAUGUCCCGACAGGCAACAACGGUUACGAGGCUCCCAUCCUCCUGAAGCACAGCACGCCCGCGAGCGGUGCUGCCUCGGACUCGUUUGACACGACUCUGCCCUACGCGACCUACUUCGACGCGGGCUACAACGUGUACGCUCAACUCACGUACCCGGUCUCGGGCUCGGACGGCAAGGACUACUACGUCACCGGCGGUGUCCUUUCCCCCGUGAAGAUCACCCCCAACAACAACUAACU